AUGAUGGCUGCAGUCGGAGGAAUCUCCAAUCAUGUGGACCAUGGUCUUUCGUGGGCGAGCCCGUCCUUGAACUGUCUGGGCCACGCUCCCAACAGCCUCCCGCUGGCGAUGCCGGGCUGCGACUUCGACCGCAAGUUGCCGACGCCCUCGAUGAGGAAGCCCCCCGCGUUGAUGGCCAACAGCCUGCGCCAGCUCGACUCGUCUCCCACGGCCACUCCCUCUGCGCUCUGGCCGCCCACCCCGAGCCCCUCCUCGGCCAUGCACGUGCGCCGGGCGACCGAGCUCGCCUUCCGCGCCGCCGAGCCCAUGGCGUCGACGCGGGAGGAGGACCGCGGCGGCACCCGGGCCUCCACGCUGAACGCCGACGCGGGCGUGUUCGUGCCGAUGGCUCACGCCGCGGCGGGGCUGAAUGCCAGCGCAGGGGCGUUCGUGCCGCUGGCGGCGCCCGCGCCGCAGUGCUACCAGCCGCCGCCGGCCCCGCCCGUGCACCCCGCGCCCUUCCUGCCGGAGGCGCUCGGCAUGGCGCUGCCCCCGCAGAGCCAGGUACCGGAGGAGCAGGGCGAGCUCGCCGCCCCCGCGGCGACGACUCCACGGAGCCCGCCGGCAGCCCUCGCCGCGCCAGCAGCCGCCCCAGGCGGCGCGGCGGCGGCCACGCUCGACCGCUCGCCCCGCGCCGGCGGCGCGCGAAGGGCGGCGCCCUCCUGGGCCGACGAGACGCUCGGCUCCGGCUCCGGCGCGGAGGGCGGCGCCGUCCUGGGCGGAGCGGGCGCGGGGCCGAGCAGGCGCUGGGGCCCGGGCGGCGCGCGGAGGGCGCCGCCCGCGUGGGCGGACCAGGCGCCCGACGCCGGCGGCGCGGAGGAGGCGGAAGUCGCCUCGGCCGGGUCCGCCGCGCACGGCAGCGGCGAGUGCCGGCCGUGCGCGUGGUUCUACAAGCCGAAGGGCUGCCAGCUGGCCAGGGACUGCGGCUUCUGCCACUUGUGCCCCGAGGGCGAGCUGAAGAUUCGGAAGAAGGCCAAGGUGGCAGCCAUCCGGCAGAACCACUCGGGACCGACGACCCGCUGA